AUGGACUUUAUAGUGACGAGUAUCCAAGAAAAACUCGAAUUCCCUAUUGAUCUACAUGGCCAACGCAUUGCAGAGAGGGCCCUUUGGGCCAUACUCUCUCUGGGCGGUAUAGUUGCCCUUCUUUUCGCCUACCUAUUGACCAACCUCUCCCUUACCGUAUACGUGUUCCCACUCUUUGUCUCUCUUGCGGGGCUCGUCACAGUGCCAUCCUUCGCGAAAUACAACGAGCACCCACUCACUUUCCUAAAGAGGCCACCUCCAAAGAAGAUCGACAUUGAGCUGUGA